GAAAAACCUCUUUUUUGGGGUGAAUUAACCUUAAGGAGAACGUAGCCUCCAGAAUCUCAAAGUCGGUCGAUUGCCGCCACCAUUCCAACUUCACCGCUGGCCGCUGCUUUGCUGCUUCAUCUCUAAGUCGACGAACGUCUCAAUACCAGUCCACCUCCACAACCAUUAUUCAGAGCAUCAUAGACCAUCUAACUACCACUGCUCUAUCUUAAAGUCUGAUUGUGAACUAAGAAACAAUGUCUCGGAUUUGUGUUAAGAAUAUUCCUAAAUAUGUUGCGGAGGAUCGCCUCAGAGAGUUCUUCUCUCAGAAAGGGGAAGUAACCGAUGCAAAAGUGAUGAAGACCAAAGAUGGUAAGAGCAGACAAUUUGCUUUCAUUGGGUUUCGGACUGAGCAAGAGGCAGAAACAGCUCUUAAUUACUUCAAUAACUCUUACCUAGAUACUUGUAGAAUUACAUGUGAGGUAGCUCGUAAAGUUGGGGAUCCAAAUAUGCCUCGUCCGUGGAGUCGAUAUUCAGUAAAGAAACAAGAAGAAUUGACUAAGGAGAACAAAAAGAGUACUGGUUCCAAAAGUUCAAAAAUUUUGGAUUCUAAAGGCAACACAGAGAAUUCUAAAAAGGGCAGUGAAAAAAAUGACUUAAAGCUUCAAGAGUUUCUUCAGGUUAUGCAGCCACGGUCUAAAUCAAAGUUGUGGGCUAAUGAUGAGUUGGGAGCUCCAUUUCUUGACCAGAAUGGAAAGGUUGAUGGAAAGCAGAAUAUGUCAGGCAAGGGAGGCAGAAAACAAACAGCUUUGGUGGAGGCUGAAUUUAAUGAAAAUGAUGAAACAGAAAAUGAGCCCUCUGACUAUCAUGCAACAAAGCACUCACAUGAUCUAGCUCGUGAUGAGGUUGUCUCAGAUACGGAUUACUUCAAGAGUAGAGUUAAGAAAGACUGGCCAGACUCAGAAAGUGAAGAAGAUGAUGAUGAUCGCGAUAACAGCAUUGAUGAGAAAGUAGAUGGGGAGCUCCUUGAUGCCCAUAAGGGUGCAACCCUAGAGGAGAAGGUUGAAAAAGAGGCACCUUCUGAACAAUCUGAUGGUGAAAUGGUUGCUGGAGAACUGUCAUCAGAAUUAAAAGAUGAGAAAGAAGAAGUUCUGAAGACUGGUCGUCUAUUUGUUCGUAAUCUUCCAUAUAGUGCAACUGAGGAGGAGUUGGUGGAGCUAUUCAGUAAAUUUGGUGAUGUCUCACAGGUCCAUAUAGUAGUUGAUAAAGAUACCAAGCGGUCCAAAGGAAUUGCUUAUGUUCUUUAUUCACUUUCUGAGUCCGCAAAUAGGGCACUAGAAGAACUAGACAAUUCUAUAUUCCAAGGAAGACUGUUGCAUAUUAUGCCAUCAAAACAACGAAUUCCUUCUGAGACGAAAGGGUUUGAUGUCAACCAAGAAGCAAAAACUUUUAAGCAACGUAGGGAGGAACAGAAGAAGGCAACUGAAGCUAGUGGAGAUACACGAGCAUGGAAUAGUUUGUUCAUGCGCCCUGAUACAGUUGUUGAAAAUAUUGCUAGGGAAUGUGGUGUUAGUAAAAGUGAUUUACUUGACCGGGAAGCAGAUGAUCUUGCUGUGCGUAUUGCUUUGGGAGAAACACAUGUGAUCACAAAAACCAAAAAAGCAUUAGAAAAUGCUGGAGUAAAUAUAACUGCUUUGGAGGAGCUGGCAGCUAGAAAGGCUGGCAAUGUUAGAAGGAGCAACCAUGUUCUGAUAGUGAAGAACUUGCCUUAUGGUUCAUCUGAAGGAGAUUUAGCAAAUAUGUUUGCGAAGUUUGGUAGUUUGGAUAAAAUUAUUCUUCCCCCAACUAAAACAUUGGCCUUGGUUGUUUUCCUUGAAGCAGCUGAAGCGCGUGCAGCUUUCAAAGGUUUGGCAUAUAAGCGUUACAAAGAUGCUCCAUUGUACCUGGAAUGGGCUCCUGAGAACAUUCUUAGUCCAAGUUCAACAUCAGAGACUGAACAGACUAAUGAUAUUGUUGGCGAAAAGGAUGUCAAGAGAGUAUUAUUAGAGCAGCGUGUGGAAGGAAUAUCAGAAGUGGAUAUUGAUCCUGAUAGAGUUGAGUCACGGUCUCUAUUUGUGAAAAAUCUUAGUUUCAAAACAUCUGAUGAGUCUUUGACCAAGCAUUUUAGUGAGAAUAUGAAGGAUGGAAGGAUUCUAAGCAUCAAAGUAAAGAAGCACCUGAAAAAUGGAAAAAAUGUCUCAAUGGGUUUUGGUUUCAUUGAGUUUGAUUCUGUAGAAACAGCAACAAAUGUGUGUAGGGAUUUACAGGGAACUAUUUUAGAUGGGCAUGCUCUUAUUUUGCAACUUUGCCAUGCCAAGAAAAAAGGGCAAGUUUUGAAAAAAGCUGAGAAGGAUAGAAGCUCAACAAAAUUACUUGUGAGGAAUGUUGCUUUUGAGGCUACAGAGAAAGAUCUAAGGCAGCUGUUUAGUCCAUUUGGCCAGAUUAAGAGUGUAAGGCUUCCAAUGAAGUUUGGGAAUCAUAGAGGUUUUGCAUUUGUGGAGUAUGUUACAAAGCAAGAAGCAGAGAAUGCACUUCAAGCUCUCUCAAGCACCCACCUGUAUGGUCGACAUCUGGUCUUAGAGCGAGCAAAGGAAGGUGAGAGCCUGGAAGAAUUGCGGGUGCGAACUGCUGCUCAGUUCAGUGAUGAGCAAAGUGGGUUUCUAAAUCCCACAAAGUUGUCCAAGAAAAGAAAGCACAUGGCUAUCAUUGAUGAGGGAAGCUUCAAGUUUGGCAGGAUCGCCGAUUAGUGUAUCCAACAAUGUGUCAACUAUAUUUAUUGAUCAAAAUGAGGAAACUGAAUAUUUUCUUGUAUCAUGAGGUAAUUAUAUUCUAGUCUACAUCCGGCUUCCCAAUUUUUUCCGUGGUAAGCUUCAGAGCUUGUAAUUGUUCAAUGACCUGGCAUGAAAUUUAAUGUGGUCCAUUUAUGAUGUGGCUAUCAGGAUCA